AACGCCCGGUUAUUGGAUUCAAAUCAAGACCCCUGGGGGAAGGGAGCUCUUAGCAGUUACUUGUAGUUUCCGUCGCCGCUUCGGCUUCCCUGGUGUCUUGGUCGGGGCUGCUGCCUGUCGCCGGCGUAGCUCUUCGGGACUCGGCGCUGCCGUCAGCAUGGCCCACAAACAGAUCUACUACUCGGACAAGUAUUUUGAUGAGCACUACGAGUACCGGCAUGUUAUGUUACCUAGAGAACUUUCCAAGCAAGUACCAAAAACCCAUCUGAUGUCUGAAGAGGAGUGGAGGAGACUGGGUGUCCAGCAGAGUCUUGGAUGGGUUCAUUAUAUGAUUCAUGAGCCAGAACCACAUAUUCUGCUCUUUAGAAGACCUCUUCCAAAAGAACAACAAAAAUGAAGUUUAUUUGGGUUUUUCACUUAAAUUUUUUUCAAACUAUGUAUAUGUGUAUAUAUGGUAGUAUUCAGUGAAUACUUGAAAAAAUGUACAAAUCAUUCAUCCAUACCUGUGCAUGAGCUGUAUUCUUCACAGCAACAGAGCUCAGUUAAAUGCCACUGCAAGUAGGCUGCUUUACGAUGUUUAAGAUACAAUUUUUCUCUAGUCAGUUUUUUCUUUAAUAUAAGUGCCUAUUUGACUUCUCCUUCAAUUACAUUUGUUUAAUAAAGUUCAUAUGUUACAUGUA